AUGCCGCCCUUCACCAUCGCUCGUCCAAAGGCAACGUUUGCCUUCAAGCACGUUCAGGAAAGGCCUUUGCUGCUCGACGUCUAUGCAGCCGAAGGCACGGCAGGCGGACCGCGUCCCGCCAUCCUCCACUUCCACGGUGGCGGACUGAUCUCCGGCGACCGCACCUUCGUCCCGCCCUGGCUCGUCGCCGCAGCGCUCCACCGCGACUGGCUCGUGAUCUCCGCCGACUUCCGUUGUCUCCCCGAGUCGACGGGCGCCGAGCUCGCCGAAGACCUGCGCGACGCGUACGACUGGCUGGCGCGCGGCGGCGGCGGCGCGAGCAAAGACCUGCCCGACCGCCCGAUCGACCCCGCGCGCAUCGCCGUCGUCGGCGGCAGCGGCGGCGGGUACUGCGCGCUCCUCGGCGGCGCCGAGCUCUUCCGCGACCCUGCCCCCGUAGCCAUAUUCAUGCUCUAUCCGCUGUCGGACCCCGCGUGGCCCACGUACCUCGCCGGGCCCGGAUUCGAGCGACGAGGGGUGAUGGGGCACGCCGUUGAGGACGCGGCGCCGACGCUCGCUGAGAUCGAGGAGCGCAUCGCGCGAGGGGAGUGUAGCUUCGGGGAGGCGUUCCAGCCCAAGGCGGACAUGUCGAGGCACGGACGAUGGCCGUACAUGCGCUUCGUGCUCCAGGAGGGCCUUGUCGCGGACUACCUCACCGGCGUGCGCGGGAUGGCGGCGAAGAUCAGGGAGGAGGGAGUGGAGAAGGCGGUGCCCGAGCACCUGCGGCAUCUCUUCCCAGCCGAGUUUGGGGUCCACAAGGAGCUAUCGCCGCUUAUCAUCUGGCACGGUACGGCUGACGCAGUGAUCGACAUCGCUCAGAGCGAGAAGUUGGUGGCAAAGUGCAAGGAGGUGGAAGCGGUGGUGCAUUUCUUCGCGGUGGAGGGAGCGCAGCACGGUUUCGAUUUUGCGUAUGUGGAUGUGGAGGGCAGCAAGGAUAAGAAGCCUGGGGAAUCGGAGUUGGAGAAAUGCAUCCAGGCGCUGGAGCAGUAUAUGUAA